UCCAAAGUAUUUUUUUCUGUAUAAAAUUCUUAAUGAUUGGGAUCAAUGCUGUCAUAACUGUUGCUGGUUUUGUGCUUCUUGGAUUCGGUGUGUGGCUAAAGGUUCAUGGCGAUUCCAUCCUGCAAAUCCUGGGAUCACGUGCAGGACAUUUUCUGAACGUCGGCUAUUUUUGUAUUGCUGCAGGGUGCUGCCUUGCAUUGCUAGGGUUGGUUGGCUGUUAUGGUGUUAUCAAAGAGAACAAGUUACUUUUGAUGCUGUUCUUCUUAAUCAUGGCAACGAUUUUUAUUGGAGAAAUAUCUUGUGCAAUUGUCAUUUUGGUCUUUCAAAAAAUUGUUGCAACUGUAUUUGAAGAAGAAGCACUUUACUUAUUAAAAAACAACUACACUGGAUAUGGUGACAAAAAUUUUGCAAGUUAUGGAUGGGAUUCUGUUAUGGCAGCUUUUCAAUGCUGUGGGUUAAAUAAUUACACAGAUUUUAUACAAUCAUCCUAUCACAAACUAAAAGGACGCCUAUAUCCUAAGAGUUGUUGUCACGACCCUAUUUCUCCUGAAUGUGAUGGCUUUGACACAUCAGAUGCAACUAUCUAUUCAAAGGGCUGUUUGAAUGCUGUAAUCACAAUGAUCAAAAAGAACAGUGCUGUUAUUAGUGGUGUUGCUGUUGGAAUUGCUAUAAUAGAGGUAGCGUCAAUGUAA